CGUCGUCUCCGGAGAGGGCGUCGGACGUAGAGCGGAAGUGGUGUAAGGCGGCCGCCGGAGGUGUAUUUGGUGUGUUGCGCGACUGGGCCUAGGGGUGGACUGGUGUGUGUCCCUGUGAAGAUAUCACUAUGUCGAUCGAAAUCGAGUCCUCGGAUGUGAUCCGUCUUAUCAUGCAGUACCUGAAGGAGAACAGUUUACAUCGGGCACUAGCAACCUUACAGGAAGAGACUACUGUGUCUCUGAAUACCGUGGACAGCAUCGAGAGUUUUGUAGCUGACAUUAAUAGUGGCCAUUGGGAUACUGUCUUACAGGCUAUACAGUCUCUGAAAUUGCCAGACAAAACCCUCAUUGACCUCUAUGAACAGGUUGUUCUAGAAUUGAUAGAGCUGCGUGAAUUGGGAGCUGCGAGGUCACUCUUGAGACAGACAGACCCCAUGAUCAUGUUAAAACAAACCCAGCCAGAGCGGUAUAUUCAUUUGGAGAACCUCUUGGCCAGGUCUUAUUUUGAUCCUCGUGAGGCAUACCCAGAUGGAAGUAGCAAAGAAAAGAGAAGAGCAGCAAUUGCCCAGGCCUUAGCUGGGGAAGUCAGUGUGGUGCCUCCAUCUCGUCUCAUGGCAUUGCUGGGGCAGGCCCUGAAGUGGCAGCAGCACCAGGGAUUGCUUCCUCCUGGCAUGACCAUAGAUUUGUUCCGAGGCAAAGCAGCUGUCAAAGAUGUGGAAGAAGAAAAGUUUCCUACACAGCUGAGCAGGCAUAUUAAGUUUGGUCAGAAAUCACAUGUGGAGUGUGCUCGAUUUUCUCCAGAUGGUCAGUAUUUGGUCACUGGGUCUGUUGAUGGAUUCAUUGAAGUCUGGAACUUUACAACUGGAAAAAUCAGAAAGGAUCUUAAAUACCAGGCCCAGGAUAACUUUAUGAUGAUGGAUGAUGCCGUCCUCUGCAUGUGUUUCAGCAGAGAUACAGAAAUGUUAGCAACUGGGGCCCAAGAUGGAAAAAUUAAGGUAUGGAAGAUUCAGAGUGGGCAGUGUUUAAGGAGAUUUGAAAGGGCCCACAGUAAAGGUGUCACCUGUCUAAGCUUUUCUAAGGAUAGCAGUCAGAUCCUCAGUGCCUCUUUUGACCAGACAAUUAGAAUUCAUGGUUUAAAAUCUGGGAAAACUUUGAAGGAAUUUCGUGGCCAUUCCUCCUUUGUUAAUGAAGCAACUUUUACACAAGAUGGACAUUAUAUUAUUAGUGCAUCCUCUGAUGGCACUGUAAAGAUCUGGAAUAUGAAGACCACAGAAUGUUCAAAUACCUUUAAAUCCCUGGGCAGCACUGCGGGGACAGAUAUCACUGUCAACAGUGUGAUCCUGCUUCCUAAAAAUCCAGAACACUUCGUGGUGUGUAACAGAUCAAAUACCGUGGUUAUCAUGAACAUGCAGGGGCAGAUUGUCAGGAGCUUCAGCUCUGGUAAGAGAGAAGGUGGGGAUUUUGUUUGCUGUGCCCUGUCCCCUCGUGGUGAAUGGAUCUACUGUGUCGGGGAGGACUUUGUGCUCUACUGUUUUAGCACAGUCACUGGCAAACUGGAGAGAACUUUGACGGUUCAUGAGAAGGAUGUGAUUGGUAUUGCACAUCACCCUCAUCAGAACCUGAUUGCUACCUACAGUGAAGAUGGACUCCUAAAGCUCUGGAAACCCUAAUUUCCACUUUUCUUUUAAAAGUUGCUUGAGAGCAUGUACCUAAGUGAAGACAUAUUCAUGUAUUGCUUUUUUUUUUUUUUUUAAGGCUACCUUUUCUAAGCAAUUGUCUGAAUUAGGAACAAGAGUAAUUUUGUGAAAAUUCAUGUUCAAGUAGCAGUUAAUCUUUUAUAUAUAUUUUUAAGGUAUUCAUUUAUCUAAUUGGGGCAGUCAUGUAAUGUUUUCAGUAGUCUUCUACCUGAAGAGUGAAAUACUGCUCUUUCUAGAAGAAAACUACUUUGAUUUGAAAUGGUGAUUAAAACAUACCUCCUGCAGUAAAACUUGUGAAUAAGUAACUAUCCCAUAUUCAGUAGCUCUUUGCUGGUCCGGUUUUUUUAGAUGUUAAUAAACUUUACCCUUUUGGAGGCUUUGUUUUUAAAUGUAAGUGCUUAUCUAGUUAACAUAUUUACUUGGAAUCAGGUGAGGAGAGUGGGACAUAACAUCAUUAAUCCCAGUACAGCAGGAAGUCCAUUCCUAGUUAGAAAGAUAGACUGACUAUAAAAGGGUCGGGUGUUGCAUAGACUAUCUCAUUUCAUUGCCUUCACUGUCCACUCACUCUUAUUAGCUGUGCCUUCUCAUAUGUUCUGGCUAACUCUAGAGACUAUCAUCUCCAUCUUCUCGGUAGAACCAGUUGCAGGAUCCAUUAGAAUUCAGUUUUGGUUUCUGAAGUUUUGGCAUUUAAAAUGCGCUAUUGUUCUGAAGGAAGUUGGAAAAGGACCUGAGAUUUAGAGAAGUCUUUUUUUGCUAUGUGCAUCCUUACCAGUUAAGGAAAAAAAAAAAGCCAACAAAACUCUUGAAAAUACUUUGCACAUGGGUGUCUUUAUGUUUCAACCAAAGAUAUAUUCAGUGCACGGAUGUUGAUGUUGAAGGUGCUGUGCAGGAAUCAUUUCAAGAAAUUGAGACUUUCAUGUAGGCCAGCUCUUAUGCCUUUUAAUUUUAGCCUUUAUUAGGUACAAAUUAAUGGGGGAAGUUUUUAAAAAGUUUUAGAGUGUUAUAAUUUACCUUUGAUUGAAAUAUAGCCUGAUCCUUUGCCUGGCGCAAUAAUGUUCAAUAUUGGCUGAACUAUCCCUUGGCAGCACUAAGAAAUGACUCUUCCCCAAUCAUAUUCCCAAAAGUUUUUUUUCCUUUUGCUGUUAAAUCUGCAGCUUUUUGGGGAGCCUGGGUGGUUCAGUCAUUUGAGUGUCCAACUCUCGAUUUCGGCUCAGGCCAUGAUCUCAGGGUCCUUGUGUUUGAACCCCAUGUCUGGCUCUGCUCCAUGCUGAACGUGGUGUGCUUGAGAUUCCCUUUCCCUCGCUCGUGUACACACUCCUGUUCUCCAGUCACCCCCAAAGUUGUAAACAUGCUUUUUGACAGAAAUGUCAUUUGCUGCCAUUUUUGAGAGUUGAACAUAGUCACGAAUCCAACUUCACAUGAAUUCUGGUGUCCCAUCCCAGUGAAAAUAAGUUUUCACAUAAAUAAAAGGUUUAAGGUGGAAAGAGCAAACAGGUUAUGUUAAAAUUCCUUAGAAAAGUCUUAAAGAAAUUGGGAUUUUCUAUUUAGCUCAUGACCUCCUGAAUAAGCAAGCAGUUGAGCAGUACUGUUAAAAAAUAAAGCAGGCCAAGGGCUUCUGGGUGGCUUAGUUGGUUAAGCUUCUGCCUUUAGCUCAGUUCAUGAUCUGGGAGUCCCAGGAUAGAUUCCCAUAUAGGGCUUCUUGCUCAGUGAGGAGUGUGCUUUCUCUAUUUCCCUUUGCCCCUCCCCCUGUUCAUGCUCUCACAAAACAAAACAAAAACAGGCCUAAAAUGGAGUCACUUCUGCUAAGCCCCACAUUAGCAAAUGCAGACUUAAUACCUACCCAAAUUGCGGUUUCAGCCUGUCCCGGGACUAAUUUUUAACCAAUCUGGAAUAAGCUGAUUCAGCAUUUAUAUGGUAAUCUGCCUGAUAGGCCCCUUCUACAGGAAGGUGACCUUGCAUGAAACAAUCCACUCUGUUGGGAAAUUUAUUUUCCCCACCCCCUUCAAGUUAGUAAAUGCCUUUCAUUUUGUGCAGCUCUUCAGACCUCCUUUUUAUUAGGAUGUUGCUGGAUUCACUAAUCAUUGAAUAAAGUCAGUUUUGCAGUUGAA